CUCUGACAUUCCUCAAUGUAUCAAUUCAAAUGAGGCACAGAACAUUAACCAAUCAGAGGAGAAGAUGCAGUCACCCCACUGCCAUAUGCAAAUGAACUCCCCAGUCUGCACAGACUGUGUGCCCAUACAGUACCCCUCUGACGUCACAACUGACUCUGCCAGGAAAAUAUAUAAGCAGAAACUUCUUAAAGACAACCCAGAAACUCUUUUUUCCGAUUCCUUUAAAACUGGAGAAUACUGCAAUCUCAUUUUCUUCACUGAUCAUCCCAACGUCUGGCAUAAAGCCAUCAUCAACCAUUACCCCUCUGUAAAGAAGGAGGGCUUCUGUAAUGGCUGGAAAGUCAAAAUCAGAGAACCAUGUGACCCCGACACCACAGUGAUAACUGUGAACUUACAUAAAAAUGGCACAGUCAUGGUACAGGGAAAUCUGAAAACAUUCCAGACUGACUACAGUGCAAUAAUGAAACAAGAGAAAGCCGUAUUUGAAUAUCUAACGUCUGAGCAGAAUACACAGAGCAGUAGCCCAGAUCUCAAGCCCACCGCUGCAGAGAGCCCUGCCCAGGACCCCUUAUCCCCCCUGCUCAAAUCUAUACCUGUACUCCAGGAGCACUUCACAAGGCUGGAGAUAGAGAUGGUGCAGCUCAGAGGAACCGUACUCAAACGGGAGCAUCACACUGAACUCCAGCAAAACUCAGAGAACAUCACACAGAGACUGUCAGCCCUCACACAGCAAGUUUACAGACAGCUGUCAGAAAGAGCUGGCCACACUAAGACUCCAGCUACAGGACAGAGAGCAUCUCACUCUAGAGAUGAGGCAGCAGCUUAGAGAGUUACAGGAGGAGAGAGAGCAGCAGCACAGUGAGAUCCAGGCCCUGAAAGAGCAGGUGAGAGAGCUGCUCCUGACCAGACAAGAACCAGAGCAGAUCCACAGAGCUCAAACACUGCCCUCCACCCCAUGGACACCUGCCACAGUCAGCCAGCACCCAGAGAGACCCGACCCAGACCGCUCAUAGUCAUCACAGCGCCUCGUGUCAAGUGCCCCAGCACAACACCAGCAGCACCCAUCUGACAGCACAGCACAGAACAGCCAGAAAUAGCCCUGCUCAUUGAUUCAAUUGGGAAAUUCAUCGACAUAAAGAAACUCUUCCCCUGACACAGCUGUUAAACACUAGUGUCCCAACACUGACAAAGCCCUGGAGCUUCUGUCAGAAUCUCAGCUGGGCCAUCUCAGCCACAUCAUCAACUACACGGGCACCAAUGAUCUGCGGAGCCAACAGGACAGAGUGUCCGAUUCCCUCAGAGCUGUUGUGGAAAAAGCAAGACACACUUUCCCCAACUCAAAAAUCAUCCUCUCCACUCUGCUUCAUAGAAGUCUUUUCCAUCCAAACACAAUCAGUAAGAUAAAUGCCAACAUCUCCAGACACUGUGCCCUUGUGCCUAAUGUUUACUUGGCACACCACCUAGACCUGGACACCGACUGUCUGUACGAUCAUGUCCACCUAUA